CUCCCCUGCCUUCCCUCCACCCAACCGUUCCUCUUUCCCUCCUCCUCCUCCUCGGUAAGGCGUCCCGGCUCCCAGGCAGCAUGGCGGCGGUGGAGACGCGGGUGUGCGAGACGGACGGCUGCAGCAGCGAGGCCAAGCUCCAGUGUCCCACCUGCAUCAAGCUGGGCAUCCAGGGCUCGUACUUCUGCUCGCAGGAAUGUUUUAAAGGAAGUUGGGCAACUCAUAAGUUACUACAUAAGAAAGCAAAAGAUGAAAAGGCGAGGCGAGAAGUGUCUUCCUGGACUGUAGAAGGUGAUAUUAACACUGACCCAUGGGCAGGUUAUCGAUAUACUGGUAAACUCAGACCACAUUAUCCACUGAUGCCAACGAGGCCAGUGCCAAGUUAUAUUCAAAGACCAGAUUAUGCUGAUCACCCUUUAGGAAUGUCUGAAUCUGAACAGGCUCUUAAAGGUACUUCUCAAAUUAAAUUACUUUCAGCUGAAGAUAUAGAAGGGAUGCGACAUGUAUGUAGGCUUGCUAGAGAAGUAUUGGACGUUGCUGCUGGGAUGAUUAAACCAGGUGUAACUACUGAAGAAAUAGAUCAUGCUGUACAUUUAGCAUGCAUUGCAAGAAAUUGCUAUCCUUCUCCCCUGAAUUACUAUAAUUUCCCAAAGUCUUGUUGUACUUCAGUGAAUGAAGUGAUCUGCCAUGGAAUUCCAGACAGACGGCCUUUGCAAGAAGGUGAUAUUGUUAACGUGGACAUCACUCUUUAUCGCAGUGGUUACCACGGGGACCUGAAUGAGACAUUUUUUGUUGGAGAUGUGGAUGAGGGAGCACGGAAACUGGUUCAGACCACGUAUGAGUGCCUGAUGCAUGCCAUCGAUGCAGUGAAGCCUGGUGUUCGAUACAGAGAAUUGGGAAACAUUAUUCAGAAGCAUGCCCAAGCAAAUGGGUUUUCAGUUGUUCGAAGCUAUUGUGGGCAUGGAAUCCAUAAGCUUUUUCAUACAGCCCCCAAUGUACCCCACUAUGCCAAAAAUAAAGCAGUUGGAGUGAUGAAGGCGGGCCACGUGUUUACAAUUGAGCCGAUGAUUUGUGAAGGUGGAUGGCAGGAUGAAACCUGGCCGGAUGGUUGGACUGCGGUGACAAGAGAUGGAAAGCGGUCUGCUCAGUUCGAGCACACCCUGCUCGUCAUGGACACUGGCUGUGAAAUCCUAACCCGGCGGCUUGAUAGCUCACGGCCUCACUUCAUGGCCCAAUUGUAGUUUCUUUGAGAUGGUACAUCUCAGUAGGACCUUUUGGCUGUACUAUUCAUUUUACUGAGAGUACAGAAUGGGAGAGGACAUUUUUUAUUACGUGUUUUGUUUUGACUAUAGAUAAGGAAGAACUACAGCAUUUGAUGUUUGUCCUCAAGAACUUGUCUUGGGUCUGAAAAAGCUGAGAAGAAUAGAGGAGACAUUUCUUAACUCCUUUCAGUGCUCCUCUGUCCCCCUCAAAAUCCCCAUACUCCUCUCUUCUGAUUUGCCCUUUGAGCACUUUUACUUAAACCUGCUUCUAGUUGCUUUUAUCACUGCCACAAUUGGGCCAUCAAGAGCCAGCUGCUUUCCAGGUGAAUGUUGACGAUGAGAAUCCUUGCAACUUCAGCAACAUAUGUUGCUCCAGAUUUAUUAUGUAUGUAGGGAUAUAUAUAUGUGUACAUUUUAAAUUCCAUAUAUGUAAUUAACGAGUACAAUGUGAUCUGGGGUGUGUGCUUUGACAGGUCAUAUGCUGUCAUAAGUAGACCCAUAGUUUGCAGUGAUUUAAUUCCUAGUUGGGAAUUGGCCUCCCUCCUCCCCUGUGCUAAUUAUUUACUCUUGUGUGUAAGGAAGCACUGGGUCAAUGAGACUCUCCAAUUUGGACUUUAUGUUGGUGAGUAGAUAUGGCAAAAUUCACUUUGGAAAAAAAGGUCGUCAGGCUUCUUAAAAUCUAAUUUAUGGCAAAAAUAGUCCUGCUCUAAGUGGUAGUGCUGGCUGUUGCAGAGCAUGAGAAUUCUGUAAUACAUUGCUCUUUCAGACCUCUGUUUGGUCAAAAUGGGAGGAAAAAAGUCCCUUGCUUCCCCUAUUUUAUUUCAAGGUCAUCCCUUGGAGGUAGUCAGAGAAGGGUGGAGGUUGCACUAUGGAGGUUGGUGGGGAAAGAUAGCUCUGAAAUCUGUCCAGCAGUGAGCAGAGUAAGUCAGGUGGGCUGUGAAGUUCUAAUGUUUAGUAAGGCUGGUGAUGAGAAAGCAACUUCUUGAAGACUGGACUGUUUCCCUACAGUAGGCAUGCAGCUGUCCUUCAUGUGCUAGUAACAGACUUACCUAAACAUGGCUGGGAACCUCAUUAGAAAUGACCUCAACUGCCCAGUAUCUUAACGUUCCUUUCAGUAGUUAAUCCAAAUGGGAGUGUAUCCAGUGAAGACAUACCAGAUCUAAGUCAUUGUCAUUAGAGAGUACUUGAUAACUGCAUAUUUGGUAACUUACUUGUAAGAUAAUUUGAUACCACUGACAUGUUAUGUUUGUGUGAGAACAUGUAUCCCAGAGUGCCUCAGACCUUUAUUGCUUUAAAAGAAUUAUAAUGUUUUCAUUACUUUUAUUAUUUUAAUGAUUUAGUAAAGUGACCGAAUCUAGUAUAGACUUUUGGGGGUAUGUGUGUGAAGUUUUUUAUCGAACUGUAAUAUUUGUGAAUGGAAUGCCUUGCAAUAUGAAUGUUAAUAUAAUGUGUAAAGGGAGAUUAAAAAGUUUGAAUGAUUA